UGGGAGUGUACCUGCUCAUGCUGAACAUGUCGCGCUGUCAGGGAAUGUGCUCCCAAAUCGCUGGAAAUUACAUAUAUGAUUUUAUGUGAUGUCCGGACGGAAUAAAAGGGCGCCAAAAAAAAAUCGGGAAAAACAAGUUCGGCUCAGCUGUGAAUAAUUGAAUGCGAUGAAGAAUUUGGUCUUGAUGGCGAAGUGCACAUAAACUAUGGACGGUUAUGAUGAUACUCUGUAUCGCCUGCGGUGUGUUUAAGGCGCCGGGGCGAGGCGUCAUGCGAUCUACCUGAGCGUGAUUGUUCCACCUGGAGGUCACAGGAUGCCGGUGCAGGCAGCUCAAUGGACUGAGUUUCUAUCCUGCCCCAUCUGCUACAAUGAGUUUGACGCCUGCAGCCACAAGCCCAUCAGCCUGGGCUGCUCGCACACCGUCUGCAAGACCUGCCUGCACAAACUGCACCGCAAGGCCUGUCCAUUUGACCAGACGGCCAUUAGCACUGACAUUGAUGUGCUGCCUGUCAACUGUGCCCUCCUGCAGCUGGUGGGGGCGCCGGUUCCGGAGGGAGAGAUUGUGAGUGUGGGCAGUGUUGAAGACACAAGACAUUAUGAAGUGUGCAGGAUCUGUGUGGAGGAGCUGGCGCUGUAUCUCAAACCAAUCAGUGGAGGAAAAGGUGUAGUGACCCUCAGUCAGAGCACGCUCAGUAGACCCAUGCAGAGGAAGCUGGUGACCCUGGUGAACUGCCAGCUGGUCGAGGAGGAGGGGCGUAUGCGAGCGGUCCGGGCGUGCAGAUCUCUGGGUGAGCGCACCGUCACUGAACUCAUCCUGCAGCACCAGAACCCACAGCAGCUCUCUGCCAACCUAUGGGCCGCUGUGCGGGCACGCGGCUGUCAGUUUCUAGGACCUGGAAAUGAAGGAAAGUGGAAAGGAUGUGGCAUAAAGGAGCAGGGUUCUGGAAUUAUAUCUUCAAUCAUAGACAAGCUUCAAUCCCCAGAAUCCUUUGCAAAGAGCGUGCAGGAGCUGACCAUAAUCCUGCAGAGAACAGGAGACCCAACCAACCUCAACAGCCUCAGAGCUCCUCUCGAGCUGCUAGCCGGCAUCGACCACAACCCUGAUGCGGCCGCUCCGUCCUGGACAGAGCUGGAGAGUGUGUUAUUGGCUGUGAAGGUUGUUGUCCACGGGCUGGUGGAAUUCAUCCAAAACUUCAGCAAAAAGAGCAAUGAAAGCCCUCAGGCUCAACCCAACAGCAAGUACAAGACGAGUAUGUGCAGGGACUUACGGCAGCAGGGUGGCUGUCCGAGAGGGGCCAGCUGCACCUUUGCCCACACGCAGGAGGAGCUGGAGAAGCACAGAAUGAGAAGUAGGAAAGCCAGUGGGGCGGUGAGGCCCUUCUCGUCAGUUCCAGUGGUUAUGCCCAAAACCGGCACCAAAGGAGCAGUCCCAGGGUCAGAGGGGAAGAACCACGAGAACGACGCCCCAGAGGACGCGUCUCCCACUCAGCUCAUCCCUAGAGGAGGAGACCACCAGGAGGACAAAACACUCCCCAGCAGUGUGAACGGACUGCCUGCUGCCAGCCUAGAACACAAUCCCAUCAGUCAGAGCCAGUCGUCUGCGAUAGCUUCGGGGUUGUGUACAGAGGACGACUGCGGUCUCCUCAAACAUGGGCCUGUCCUCACGAGAGCUCAUCCUAAGAUUUACUACUCUCAGGACCAGAGACCAUAUGACCUUUCACCCUACCACCAACCUGCCAUUCCUCCUCACAAGUCAUGCAACGCUCGCUUCCAUCGUUCCAGCAACGUCUCUGAGUCCAUGUUACCCCCGUCAAUGGGCCCUCAGUACCCAGACCAGCACCCCUCUGUUCCUCCUGCAGACAGAUUAGGCCCCGGCCCGUACGGGCCACCCUCGACCUACGCCUCUAUGUCCCACGCACACAGCAUGUACACCCCGGUCUACGACAGCCGUCGCGUGUGGAGGCCGCCGCUGUAUCCCAGGGAUGGCGGGAGGAGUAACUCUCUCCCUCCGGAGGUUUUUCAUUCCACCGUCUACCAGCCGCCCCUCCGAGAGCGCUUCAACUCGCUGGACAGCCCCUACUGCAGCACCGCGGAGCAGAGAGCGCCAAUGCACAGGGAUGCGUACACCCGUGUUCCUCUCGGCUAUGAGGAACUCUAUCGCCACAAACAGGAACAGUGGGUACAUCACCACGGCAACAUGAACAGGCCCUCCCAAUCCUCGCCGGUCUUCACUGUGGAUGUGUGUCCAGAGCAUCCUGAGGGUGUAGGUGGUAGGCGUAUGACUUGUAAGUGUCAUGGUGGAGAAGAGAGUCUUGCCCACUACUCGCCCUGGUCGUGCAGCACCAUCAGCCCAUUUGAGUCAGAGCCCCACCAUUUGUCAACCCACUCCUGUUCCAAACAGCUAGACGGGGAGAGUGGCGGCAAACGGUGGCUGCACAUGUUUGAGCCCUACAGGCGACUGAAAGACGAAGAUCCCAUCAUUCCUUUUGGAGAGGGGCCCAUCAUCUCUAAAUGGGGAGCCAUCUCUCGGGCUUCCCGCACUGGCUUUCACACAACUGACCCGUUCCAGGCUACUGCAUCGCAGGGGUGCGCCGGCACCACAUCAAUCAACUUCAGAGACUAUAGCUGUCAUAUUGGUCACAGUGACCUCAGAUGGGGCCCACGUGGAUCUGAUUCUUCUAGUCACUCCAGCUUUCUAGAAAGCGAUCAGCUGGCCAUGUCAGGGCUGCAUGUAAGGCACAAUUCCUUCAGAAGCGGGUCAAAGCAGGGCACAGAUCUGCUGGACAAGGAUGGGAUGGAGAGUGAGCCUGACAGAGACAUCGAGCUGGAGCUGUCCGCUCUGGACAUGGAGGACACAGAGUCACAGGACUGCAACUCUGAGGACUCUAUGGAAACGCAAAGCCGCUCCAAGAACAGCCAGCUCUCUACAGUCUUCGGUGAUCCAGCGACAAGUUCUCAGUUGGAAAACAACCUGCCUGACAGAAUGGACGCCCACCUUAUGAAGAAGAUGGCAUUCAGAAAGACCCUCUCCCCUGGAGACCUCAGUAUGGGAAAGAUGUCGAUGAGGACAUGCUCGCCCAGACCUGGAGACCUUCCGCGACCCAGUCCAGGACCUGAGAUGCUGCUAAACGGGAAUUGAGGCGGGCUGAAAACACCAGUUCUCCUCAUGUUCUAAUUCCAUGGGGUCAUGCCAAGAAUCCACCAUCCUCCUUAGGUAGAAGGUAGAGUUGCCCUUAUAGGAGUCAAUUGAGGCAGCGAGACGCAGCCGAAAGCCUUCUGUAUUCAUGUGUUCUCUUCAUAAGAGCUAGCUAUGCCCUGUAAUUGUAAUCACUCAUCAUCUGUUCAGAGUCGGUUUGUUUUUCUUAAUCACUGCUUGUGGAUGAAUGUUCACUUUGAGUCACAACUCCACCUCAGGUAACUCUCAAUGUCAGCCAAUCAGAACUCUCUCCAAGCCAGGAAACCAAUUACCCAUGUCCCGUAACUCUGUACAGAAGAGACGGUUCUCACUAGCUUUUAGCACACUGAAGAAACCAUAAUCUACUGUAUGAUGAUUAUAUAGCAGACUCUUCCAAUAUAUAUUUAGAAUAACCAAGGUGCUUGGAAUCUAUAGUACAUGCAUUAAUUAUUAUUAUUAUUAAUAUUAUUGCAGUGUUAGCCACUGAAAUGUUAUGUGCAUUUAUUGUUUGUUGGGCAUCAUUGUUUGAAACAGCCAUUCAUUGAUCAUUGUUAAAUGUAUGUGUGUGGAUUAUGGUAUAUGUCUGGUAUCUCUAAGAGACAUUUUACAGGUAAUCAAUAUUUUGUAGAAAUAUUCAAAAGAAACAGUUCACCCAAAAAUGAAACUUCUGUCAUUCUGUCAUCACCAUAAACACAGCGUUAAAAUGGGCCAUACGACUUGCGUUAUUAUGUUAUAAUAACAUAUUAUGUUAUGUUAUAUGUUAUUUCCAAGUCUUAUGAAGCCUUAUAAUAAAUUUGCAUGUGGAAUUUAUGUAGUUAAUCACUACAUUGUUCGAGUCCGAGUCCAGGCCUGAAUAAUUUCGGCAAGUCAAGAACCAGAAGUGUUGAGUCCGAGAUAAGACGAACACCAGAUAAUGGUCGAGUCUGGGUCAAGACCAAGCCCAGAAGAGGGUCAAGUCUGUGUCAGAGUCGAAAAAGCAACCAGAAGAGGUGCUGAGUCCAAGUCAAUACAGACACCAGAAGAUGGUCAAGUCUGAGUCAAGACCGAGACCAGAAAAGGGCCCAGUAUGAAUCAAGACAGAGACCAGAAGAGGGCCCAGUACAAGUCAAGACAGAGACCAGAAGAAGGCCAAGUCUGAGUCAGAGUCGAAAAAGCAACCAGAAGAGGUGCUGAGUCCAAGUCAACACAGACACCAGAAGAUGGUCAAGUCUGAGUCAAGACCGAGACCAGAAAAGGGCCCAGUCUGAGUCAAGACAGAGACCAGAAGAGGGCCCAGUCCGAGUCAAGACAGAAACCAGUAGAAGGUCAAGUCCGAGUCAAGACAGAGACCAGAAGAGUGCUGAGUCUGAGUCAAGACAGAGACCAUAAGAAGGCCCAGUCCAAGUCAAGACAGAGACCAGAAGUGUGUUGAGUCCGAGUCAAGACAGAGACCAGAAGAGAGAUGAGUCUGAGUCUAGACUGAGACCAGAAGAAGAUUGAGUCUGAGUCUAGACAGAGACCAGAAGAGAGAUGAGUCUGAGUCUAGACUGAGAGCAGAAGAGGAUUGAGUCUGAGUCAAGACAGAGACCAGAAGGGUGUUGAGUCUAAGUCAAGACAGAGACCAGAAGAAGGCCCAGUCCGAGUCAAGACAGAGACCAGAAGAGUGUUGAGUCUGAGUCAAGACAGAGACCAGAAGAAGGCCCAGUCCGAGUCAAGACAGAGACCAGAAGAGUGUUGAGUCUGAGUCAAGACAGAGACCAGAAGAAGGCCCAGUCCGAGUCAAGACAGAGACCAGAAGAGUGUUGAGUCUGAGUCAAGACAGAGACCAGAAGAAGGCCCAGUCUGAGUCAAGACAGAGACCAGAAGAGUGUCGAGUCUGAGUAUAGACUGAGACCAGAAGAGGAUUGAGUCUGAGUCAAGACAGAGACCAGAAGAAAGCCCAGUCCAAGUCAAGACAGAGACCAGAAGAGUGUUGAGUCUGAGUCAAGACAGAGACCAAAAGAAGGCAGAGUCUGAAUCAAGACAGAGACCAGAAGAAGGCUGAGUCUGAGUCAAGACAGAGACCAGAAGAGUGUUGACUCUGAGUCAAGACAGAGACCAGAAGAAGGCCCAGUCCGAGUCAAGACAGAGACCAGAAGAGGAUUGAGUCUGAGUCAAGACAGAGACCAGAAGAAAGCCCAGUCUGAGUCAAGACAAAGAUCAGAAGAGUGUUGAGUCUGAAUCAAGAUAGAGACGUGAAGAAGGCCCAGUCCGAGUCAAGACAGAGACCAGAAGAGUGUUGAGUCUGAGUCAAGACAGAGACCAGAAGAAGGCCCAGUCCGAGUCAAGACAGAGACCAGAAGAGUGUUGAGUCUGAGUCAAGACAGAGACCAGAAGAAGGCCCAGUCCGAGUCAAGACAGAGACCAGAAGAGUGUUGAGUCUGAGUCAAGACAGAGACCAGAAGAAGGCCCAGUCCGAGUCAAGACAGAGACCAGAAGAGUGUUGAGUCUGAGUCAAGACAGAGACCAGAAGAAGGCCCAGUCCGAGUCAAGACAGAGACCAGAAGAGUGUUGAGUCUGAGUCAAGACAGAGACCAGAAGAAGGCCCAGUCCGAGUCAAGACAGAGACCAGAAGAGUGUUGAGUCUGAGUCUAGACUGAGACCAAAAGAAGGCAGAGUCUGAGUCAAGACAGAGACCAGAAGAAGGCCCAGUUCGAGUCAAGACAGAGACCAGAAGAGUGUUGAGUCUGAGUCAAGACAGAGACCAGAAGAAGGCCCAGUCCGAGUCAAGACAGAGACCAGAAGAGUGUUGAGUCUGAGUCAAGACAGAGACCAGAAGAAGGCUGAGUCUGAGUGAAGACAGAGACCAAAAGAGUGUUGACUUUGAGUCAAGACAGAGACCAGAAGAGGGUUGAGUCUGAGUCUAGACUGAGUCAAGACCAAGACCAUGAAUAUAUGGUCUAAGACUUGGACUUGUGUAAUACAACAAAGUCAUUUUUAGGUGAGCUGUAUCUAUUAGCUAUAAGCAACAAACAGCCCAAUAGAAUUUCACAGUUCAGUCUUGUUUGAGGAUGUGGAAUUGUUUAGUGUGUAUGAAAUGCCUAAUACAGUGACAGUUCCUGUCUGUUGUUUACAAUAGUCAAAAGGUCACUUCGGUUUUUGUUUUUGCUGUUGUUGAUUCCUGUAAUUUCAGUUUGAAGAAUACAGAUGAUUAGAGUUUAGGGUUCUUUAGUUUCCAAAAUUCUUGUUUUCCCUUAUUUUAUUACAAAACAUUGCUAACUUCCAUGAAGUUGUUGGGAUAUUUUGUAUCAGUUUUUAAUUGUUUGGUCAGCAUUUUAAAAGUACAAUCAACCCUACAGUAUCUACAAACCAUCACACGUUUUUGAGGAUUAUUUCCUGCUUGAUUAAGAGUAAAUAGAGGAAAAAUAAUCACAGUAACUCCAAGAUUGCUGGUGUUUUCAUGUAGUUUUGUGCACUGUAGUGUUCCUGAAAGGAGAUGAAAACUGUGUGACAGUGCAUAGAAAAACUCUCCCAUUUAAAAUAGCAUUUCAGUAUCUAAUUUAUGACAGGAUUGUUUUUUUGUUUAAUACUUUUCUCCUGUCACUGAUUUCUCUUUUGUUAAAUGUAUUGCCUGGACCAGUUAAGUGUGUGUAUAUGUUUGAAUUAGUGUAUGAAUGUGCAUAUUGUCUUAAGCCUGAACGAAAUAUGAACAUGAAUGCAUUAUCACUUAAGACUGUUAAUCACGGUUUUACUUAUGUGGUAUUAGUGUUUUUCCGCUUAAAAUGAAAAAUGUGGAGUGAAUCUUCCUGGUCUCGGCUCAAGCGCUGUCUCAUUAAAUCUCAUUUUGCCUCCUGCAGUCGAAGCGUUUUUCGACAGGCGAUGUUACAGCUGCACCUUCCAGCAAAGACAUUUUUUGCGAAAUGCUUUUUGAAUGAUAUACAGAAAUUUUUAAUGGAUGAGUCCUAGUGUGUUUAAGCAUAACAUCUUGUUGAUUUAGUGCACAUGUAAAGAUUUUUGUCUUUAUUUUUGGUUUAUCUUCUAUUUGUUGGGCCUCAUCUGAUAUGAGAGUUUCAAAAAUGGCGCUGGGUUGGUAACGAUACGAGUUUCCGUUCUAAGUUUCUCUCUAGCUAUCAAAUUGCCUUUAAAAUGUCACUUUUCCUAUAUUAUCACCCGUUGCGAUGCAGCAAAGCCUUAUUAGUAGUACAUGUUUGACUCGUUUAUCUGGCCAGCUCAGCCCUGUAUCAUGCAUGCUGCCUUUGGCAAAAAGGUUUUUUUGGCAAAGGAAGUAUGAUUGUGUAGUUGUGUCACACAACACCCCAGUGCUGUGAAUGUCCUGCACUGUAUCUUGCAUUUUACUCACUUCCUAUAGCACUUACUGUCUGCUUGUAUGGAUUAAUAUCAGUAUUAUGAUUGUUUUAUAUCCAUAGUUC